AUGCCUGUUUCAUUCAAGAAAUUUUUAGACGAAUCCAUUCAAAUCAUUAACUACAUAAAAUCAAGGCCGUUAAAGUCAAGACUUUUCACAAUACUGUGUGAAGAUAUGGGAAGCCUUCAUCGUUCCCUGCUUCUCCACACAGAAGUGAGGAAAAGUGAAACAAAGGUCACUGCUAUCGACAAAGUUCGAGCAUUGAAGAGGAAAAUCAAUUUUUGGGUAGAGAGUGUCGAGGAGGGAGAGGUCGAAUGUUUUCCUUUUCUCAAGGAGGUUUUGAAGUACAAAACAUUGGCGCUUGGGAAGAAUUUGUUUCAUCAAAUCCUGGAACAUCUCCAAAGCUUGAUGUCAUUGUUGGAGCAUCAUUUCCCAACAGCUGAAGAUGAGAAGCUUUACUCAUACUUUUGGAUCUGUUUGGAUAACAAGAAAUACUACCCCCUUGUUGAAAAGGCAAAACGUGUACUUCUUCCGUUUGCAACAACAUACACGUGUGAAUCUGGAUUCUCGAUUUAUACUGCCCGCAAAACUAAGUACCGAAGCUGUCUAGAUGCGGAACCAGACAUCUGUCUCCAGUUGUCAAGAAUUGAACCCAACUUUUCAAAACUGUGUCAGCAGAAGCACCCUCAACCACACAUUAGGAUUCUAUUAUUAUUCCUACAGACUCAUCUAUAG